AUGGAGGCGAACGGUACGAUUUGGAGCCAUGAUUAUCUCAGAAACUCUCAUGAAUUCUCUCCGGCCGUGCAGAAUCAUCUUAAGCGGUUUUGUAUUGUUCUUGGUUCGCAUCGUUGUGUUAUUGAUCUCUAUCUCACGUUAUUCUUUGCUCUUCUUGCGUCUGCGAUUGGAGCUUACAUUCACAUGGUCUGGAAUAUCGGUGGAAAUGUCAGUACUCUUGGAUUCAGUGGAAUCAUGAUUUGGUUGCGUUUCACUCUUUAUGAACCUAACAUGCUCUACCUUCUGUUUCUAUUUGCCCUUCUUAAAGGUGCUUCAGUUGGUCCCAUGAUCAUGCUAGUCAUUGAUUUUGACUCAAGCGUCCUGGUCACUGCAUUUGUGGGAACAGCAGUAGCAUUUGUGUGUUUCUCCGCUGCAGCAAUGUUGGCAACGCGUAGAGAGUACCUUUACCACGGAGCUUCACUUGCUUGUUGUAUGUCCAUCCUUUGGUGGGUACAAAUUGCCUCUUCCAUCUUCGGAGGCUCUACAACUGUCGUCAAGUUUGAGCUAUACUUUGGACUCUUGAUCUUUGUGGGAUACAUAGUGGUGGACACACAGAUGAUAACCGAGAAAGCACACCACGGUGAUAUGGACUAUGUGCAACAUUCUUUUACCUUUUUCACUGACUUUGCUUCUCUAUUUGUUCAAAUUCUCGUUCUCAACAUGUUUAGGAAGAUGAAGAAAGGAAGAAAAGACCGAAGAAACUGA